AUACUCGCGCGGAUUGAGCAGCUAAGAAAUUAUCGAAUGCUAAAGGCCCUUAAUAAAUGAUGAAGUAUCUCGUCGCGAUCACUACCCAGGUAUAGUGAUUAUGUCCUGAGGGCUGGUAAACUGAUUAUUUCCGGUUGCGUCAGCGUCAGCACAACUCUCACAACUUGCCCCAAUACUUAUCUGCUCGAAUCCUGUCAAACGGAAACUUGCCAUACUAACUGUACUCAUCGUCAUCCUCAAAUUUAAUGACCAUUUUUACCACACACGUCAAAUAGUAAUUAAAUCAAUUUCACAUUUAUAUUAGGAUGCUUCAAAGAGCACAAACAUUUCCUCUCAAUAUCGACAAGCUAGCAAUUGGGAACAGGAACAAGACAUGGACAGUAGCUGAAAUAUGUCCAUCCUCUAACGCGGAACAGAAGCGAGUGUGCUAUCCAAACCUGGAACCAUGGGCACCACGAGACGGACAACGGAAUCUGUCUAGCGAGUUAGAAGAUACCAUCAAAGAGCUAAGAGCAAGGAAUGGCUUUUUAGGGUCUAGAGAAAGUCUACGGGAGAAGUGGUCUAUCAAGUUUGAGGCCGCUAAUAGACGGAUGGAAGGGUCUAAUAUAGCUGCCGUGCCGACUAUCAUGGUAGUGGCCUGGGAUGAGAACGAUCGUGAAUAUAGUGCCGAGGAUGAGCAGCUAUGGGGCGAGGCAUGCAAAGACAUGGUCAACUUCCUGAGAGAUAACGGUGCUGCUUAUUUUGGAGUUGAGAUCAUACGCUGGGAUAGGCUAGAUUACCAGGUUGUGACAUGAGCUUACAUAUUUGCAUCUUUCCCAACGUUUACAGAGAUAGGAAAGGGGGGAUAUUGGACUAACGUCGAGAGGAUCGACGAUACACUUAUGAAUUUAAUAUUAAUGCUCAACCCAAUUUCACAAUUUUCAUGUAUGAAUUAAUAACGGACCAUUUCCAAUUGGCCAUGAUCUAAAACCUAUGUCCACACGGCGCGGAUCGAGAACCUACAUUGUAAACCCGGCGGCCGAUCUCGGCUCCGGAACUUACCUAACCUAGAUUC